GGCGCUGUGGUGCUGCUGCGACAUGAGCAUCAGAGCUCAACUGUCGGCGCUGUCUGUGAUGUGAACAGUCAAAUCGUAAUGGCGACUGCUGGAACAGCAGACUCGGGAUCAACAGCCCCGACAGGGACCAGUGGCAUUCGAAAGAUGGCCCCUGCAGAGAUGCCUGGCUCUUCAGGCACAACUCAGAGUAUGAAGAAGACCAUUGGACACCGGGGCGUUGAGACCACCACAGGAGAGACCACCUAUAAAAAGACCACGUCGUCUGCCCUGAAAGGUGCCAUCCAGUUGGGCAUCGCUCACACAGUUGGCAGCUUAAGCCAAAAGGCAGAAAGGGAUGUUCUCAUGCAGGACUUUGUGGUGGUCGAAAGCAUUUUCUUCCCCAGUGAAGGCAGUAACCUGACUCCUGCUCAUCACUACAGUGACUUUCGCUUUAAGACCUACGCUCCUAUUGCCUUUCGUUACUUCAGGGAACUGUUUGGCAUUCGGCCAGAUGACUACCUGUAUUCUCUGUGUAACGAGCCACUGAUUGAGCUGUCUAACCCGGGAGCCAGCGGAUCCCUCUUCUACGUCUCCAGUGAUGACGAGUUCAUCAUCAAGACUGUUCAACACAAAGAGGCAGAGUUCCUCCAAAAACUCCUGCCUGGAUACUUCAUGAAUAUAAACCAAAACAAGCGCACCCUGCUGCCCAAAUUCUAUGGACUGUAUUGUGUUCAGGCCGGAGGAAAAAAUAUCCGUAUUUGCGUGAUGAACAAUCUUCUGCCUCGUAUCGUCCCCAUGCACAUCAAAUAUGACUUGAAGGGCUCCACCUAUAAGAGACGAGCUUCCCCUAAGGAGAGGGAAAAGGCUGUCCCCACUCACAAAGACCUGGACUUUAUCCAGGACCUGCCUGACGGACUGCUGCUGGAAGCAGAUAACUAUAAUGCCCUGUGCAAGACCAUACAGAGGGACUGCCUGCUCCUGCAGAGUUUCAAGAUCAUGGAUUACAGUCUGUUGAUGGGCAUCCACAACAUGGACCAGGCCAGUCGAGAGCGGGAGCGAGCUGGUGGAAAUUCGGGGGACAGUGGGGGGUCGGAAGGAGCAGUGACCCCAGAUCAGCGGCGGCCACAAGCCCAGAAAAGUCUGUACUGUACAGCCAUGGAGUCCAUUCAGGGGGAGGCUCGUGGGAAGGGAGCUUUGGAUUCAGAAGACCACAUGGGUGGUAUUCCAUCUCGCAAUAGUAAAGGAGAGAGGUUGCUGAUCUACAUCGGCAUCAUUGACAUUCUUCAGUCCUACAGGUUUAUUAAGAAGUUGGAGCACUCAUGGAAGGCCUUGGUGCAUGAUGGGGACACAGUGUCAGUCCAUAGACCUGGCUUCUAUGCAGAUCGUUUCCAGCAAUUCAUGUGCAACACAGUGUUCAGGAAAAUACCACUAAAACCCUCACCUUCUAAGAAGAGUCGUAGCGGUGUUCCAGGAGGUCUCAGGAGGGCCCCCACACUGGGAGGUCCCACCCCACUCUCCCACGCAACAGGACAGUCAGGUGGCGACUCCAGACUAGUGUACCACAGCCACUUUAGAAGCACAGACUCAGAAGCAGACAGCGGCGUGCAGUCAGGCAGACCAGAUCUUGUUCCGAGGACCCCUCCGCUGGUAGAUAACCUUGCUGACUGUGAGGCCAACCUGUCCACCUCAUCACUAGGCAGCACAGGAGUUCCCUCUGCCUCUCCUCCCUUACGGUCUGUAGGGGUUGAAGUGCACAAAGCUGCAAACACGGAUCUUGACCAGGCUUCUUCGCACAGCAUGGAGGCUGGAGGGGCUUUAGAUAAUUCAGGCAACCUGUCUGGAAACGAAGAUGUAGUUUCAUUGUCAGACAUCAUCCCCGAGACCAACAUCUGCUUUUAAAACAAGUGCCAUCUAAAGGCGAGACAUUUCUGGACGAGGUGAGGCAGGCGGAAAUAAGGACAGAGAGUGAGUCACCCAUCCAUCACGGACCCUCUAGUGCACCUCUUGUUGUUUUCUCACCCAUAUAGUACACGGGAAUCGCUGGAUGACGCAGCAAGGUGCAGUGGAGGUUGUGACGAUGAAGAAAGCGGUGAUGGGAAGAUCAAGAAGAAGACGAAGACUGUGUUAAGUAGGCUUUCCGAGCCGUCAACACUGGCACUGUGUGCAUGCAUUUGCCCCCCAAUGUCCCACUCGAGUUGGGAGUACACAUGGAACAAAAGGCGUAUGGCCCUGAAUCUGCUGCUCUUUGGCAGCUCUGGCAGCAUUAUAUUGUUCAACAACAAAGAUUUCCUUGCGCAAUGACAUGAACAAAUGAAUUUGUUGUAUAUUGUAAAAAGCCCCAGUCACCAGUGGAUGGUGAAGGCAGUCAUAUUAUCCACGAAAAGUCGGUCAUCAUGUCCUAUUUCCGCAGUAUGAAGCAACAUUUCAGAAGGAACACACACAGUCAAAAGCACAUGAAGGGCACAGCCUGCGUAUUUGGAGUGAAUAAUUCCCUGUGUUCAUGCACAGUCUGGGUUCACAUUUCCGUGAUUCACACUGUAGUGUUCCCAUUACCGCACAUUCAUUUCCCCCUCAGUGCUCCUCAUGAGCAGGAGCACUCUGAGUUAUCAGUGGUCAGAUUGUUCAAAUCAACACUCACUGCUGUCAACUCUGCAAUCAUGUAUGCAUUUCUUUUUACUGGUUGUGGAUGUACAGUAGUUGUUCAAAAAUCAGCAAAGGGGAUGGGUUCAAACGCACCCAUACAGUCAUUUUUGUUUCACGUUUUGUUGUAAGUUAUUCUGCUGGAUGCCACGGUGGUGCUGCGAAGGUCCGACCAGAUCUUUCCACUGCUGAAUGUACAUUACAAUGUGUCUCUUAUUAUAACAUGUGUCUUAUUAACAUGGCAGGCCACAUUUUUACAACCCGUAAAAAUCUCCCCCUCUGAUGUAACCAUCUGUGCUAAAGUAUAAGAGAAGAAGAGCUCUCGGCAUCGCUGGCCAGCAGAUGCUGUCAUAUGAAGUCAUGCGAUUAAGAUAACAGAAGAGUAAUAAUUUUCAGCUGCUGUCACAUGUCUGUCAUGUCUGUGCCUUUACAUGUUUGUCCCUUCACUAACAUGCGGUGUAACUGACAUUUUUUUUACAGGUUAGUGUCACACAGGGAAACCUGCCUUAUCACUACAGCUGAAGUCAAUGAACUGCCAUUUGUAUGUCUGGAACACAACCAUUGACAGGGUUUCAGAGAUUUUAAUGCAAACACUAGUACAAUCCAUUUUGGUUAUGUGUGUGUGUUGAAUGUUCAAUCACUGUGGUUGAGGGAUCGACCGAUACAGUUUAUACCAAACCGAUAUACGUCUGCAGCAAAAACUGAAAUGUUACUGUCAAAUUUAAUUAUUUAAAUCUUUAAUUAGAUUUCCUGCUACUUAACUACAUUUUGGAUGCAAACAUUGUACUUUUUACUCACUACAUUUAUUCAGUAGUUUCAAUAACAAGUACAUUUGCAGAUUCAGAUUAUUAAAGCUACUUGGCGGAAAUUGAUCCUGAAGGCCCCUUAGGAGAGAAGAUGCUGUGAAUACCUCUCAGUUCAUCCUCAGCAUAAAAAAUAUGAGUUAAAUUGUGUGACUUACCCAACCCAGAUAAGUCCUAACAAGUCUUUAUAGAAAUGACCGAUGUUCUUUGUGAUGGUCUUGUACGCUUAUGUACGCCAUAAAAAAAAGCAUUGGUAUUAAAGACUGUUCCAUAAUCAGAUAAAAGUUCAUUAUUUUAAGUUUAAUAUUGAGUCAUUAUUUGACUUCUGAGCAGAAGUAGCACAUCGGCAAUCAGUCCCCCCCCAAUAAAAAAAACAUGGAUUCCAACAAUCAUAAAAAUGGUAGAUAUCAGAUCAAGUAAUUGGUCGAUCCCUGUGGUUCAUCAGCUCUUCCAACAUCAGACAGAGAGGAUAUUUGUCUCUGAUAAAUCAUUUCUGCUGGUUACAGAAAUGACACCUGCACACAUCCACUCCUGGACCAAUAUUACUAACAGUAUGUAUAACUAAUUUUUGUAUUAUUUUUUUUUCUCUUUGUACCCCGCUUUUACUCAGCUGUGCAUAAGAAUGAUGCUUUGUUUUCACAAGAUGUUUGAUGUUUAUUAUUUUAAUGUUUAGGGCACUAAACAACUAAACAAGCUAGUGAGGUGGCUGGCAGGGAGCUUUUUACCCCUGGAGAUAUUUCUGAUAAAGAAAUUUGAAUCACUACCGAGUGACUGUAGCAAAACUGAAGAUCGUAGACAUCAUCUCAUGCAACAAAUCACUGUUCAUGUUUGUUAGGCACAUGUGGUCUAUGCAGCAGGGAGGGAGAAAGGGGAAUGUGAGUUGUGAAAUAUAUAAUGAAGGAUGACAGUUUAGGAUUUAAGGACUGAGUCUUUUGUAUUAUGAGCCAGUCGCGGCGCCAAAGAAAAGAGUUCCUGCGAAUGUUCAGGAUCCAGUAAGGUUAACGUGAAAAUGAAAUCAAACACUCCUGGACACCUGCUUUGACUGACAAUGUUGUAUAUGGUAAUAACACUGGGUUGACCUGUGUUUUAAGGAUCUAUUAUUAAACUGGAUGUUUUGUUUUUGCUAAAUAAUUUCACGUCUGACAAGCUGUAUCUGACCUGGUCCCUGUAAAGAUUUAUGUUUUAUUUAUCUAAGAAUUGGUUUACAUCGUGGCCUCAGACAUUUCAAGAUUCAACUCCACAUUCCUGUAAAAGUCAAGAGAAAAAAUUUCUACAAAUUGUGGUAGCUCUUAAAACUCAUUAUUUACCACCUUUGUCUAGUUGAGAUGAUGUAUGUCAUGAAUUGCUUCUGGUAUUAUGCUGAAAUGUUAAAAUGUUAUUGCAAACAGAUCCAUUUUAAGUUGGUUGAAAGUCGAACAGCCACCAAAGAAAACACUCCAAGAAAUUCUUCCUCAUAAGAAAAGUCCAGAUCAUUUUCUAUUAACACCUGCAUUUUGUCAUUUUUAUGUUAUAAUAACUAUGAUUUGUGAUGGGUGGUACUGUGUAAUUGCUGGAUGCAGACCAGUUCUGUCGUAGUUGUUCUGUACUACACCAUGGCACAAGAAAAACAUCAUCCUUCGGUGCUUAAAGGUUGGCGACACUACAGUAUCUUUGAAGUAAUGCAAUAUGAACCACAAUCUGCCACCUUUCAGCUGUAAGAAGUAUAUUUAUUAUGUUUGAUUGCUGGAGGCUGAAAUGAAAAAAAAAAUUGUAUUAUGUACCUUAGAUGAUUGUACGUAAACUGCAUACUGACAGAAGGAUGUCUGAAACUUUAUAGCGUGUGUUGCCUAUGAAAGGGGGACUAUUUGACAAUUUCACUUUUUAUAUUUCAUGUUUAGAUUGUGAUAUUAUAGAUAGAUUCUCUCCAUGAUGAUUCUGGGUUGUUAAUCUCCCACGCUUUUUCUACAUGAAUGUUUCACACGGCUCACGGGCCAACGUUGCUGGUUGUCCUAUAUGCUUCAAUUACUAUAUUUUUACUGUGUAUAAUAUGUGUAUAUGUACAUAGGAGUCACGGAAAUGCCUUCUCAUGCAAUAUGUGCUGCCUGUCCCUCCUGCCAUGUUUCAGUUAUGUGGUGGUGAUGUUUCCAUGUCUGAUUUUAAAGGAUUAAACAUAUUUUCUAAAUCUUG